AUGGACUACAAUGCCGUGUCAUGUUCAGAAUGGAAUGAGUGCCAUGUCAGCUCAUGGUUACAUGCCAUUGGGAUUAAACCAGAGUACAUACAAAAACUUGAGAAAGAAGAAGUAACAGGACCUGUUCUUCUAACUGUUACAAAAUCUUACUUACAUGAAAUUGGUUUGGGAGGUGGCCAAAUACAGCUUUUGCUAUGUAAAAGAAAUGAACUUCUACCACCAGACAAGUCAAAAAAAAGUAAAAAGAAAGCCUUUGAUGCAGAAGAUGGAGAUGAAGCAAAACAUAAAGAUGUGUCUUUCAAUGAUGUCACUAAUCUGGAACAAUCUUUUUCUACGAGAGAUAAUCUUGAAACAUCUGUGUCUUUGACACAAAGUAGAUAUCGGAAAUUUGACUGUAAAGAUGAACACUUCAGCUACAAAAAACAUGCCAUACUCCCACCAGAGACAGGAAUAGACAAUCUAAUCACUCCAUGCCAUGAGUAUAAAUCUCUAGAAACUGCUUAUAAAUUGGAACCAAGAAAGCUGAAAGUAAAAUUUGCCAGUGAAGUCAUCCGAUUUGCUUGUGCAUGCAUGAAUAUGCGUGCAAAUGGAACAAUCCACUUUGGGGUCAUGGACAAGAUAAAAACAUCCUACAAACAUGGAGAGAUAAUCGGAAUUCCCAUUAAAGACAAAGAGGACUUUGAGGAUGCCUUAGAUUACAUUGAAAAUUGCUUUCCAACACAACACUCUGAUGCCAGAAAGUGUAUCAAGUCUCCAAAAUUCAUUCCAGUAAUUGACAAAGAUGAUCAGGAUCAAAACUGGAUUGUGGAAGUUGAUGUAGUUCCCAUUGUGAAUGUUGUGAGGGACAAGCUGUAUAGUGCUCAAAUUCCAAAGUUCAAUGAGAAAACCAACAAAGUUCAGUAUGAGCCAAAAGCUUACUAUCAUAGAGUAGGACCCAAUACACCACGUAUUACUGAGGAUGAACUUGUCAGUUUCAUUCAAGCACUCAAAGACCUUGAUCAGAAAAGAGAAUUGGAAGAAAACAACCAGAAUCAGACACAGGCUCAUUUCAAGGAGGACUUGGGAAGAAAACUAAUUGUACUUCUGACACGUGGGAAGAAAUACAUGGAUAAAGCCAUGCGUUACAUUAUUGUGACAAACAGAUUUGAUCAAGAAAGCCUACAAAACAUCAAAUUCCUUGCCCACAUGAAUAUCUUCUGCGUUUUUGACUUUGACCCUGACUCCAAAUCAUCUGGACUGUGUCAUAAUUACCAAAAGCACCAUGCAGUAAACCUCCACUUCCUGCACGAUUAUGAUCAUAGGGAGAACACUGCUGACUUUGUUAAGAAGUUACAGCUAUAUGACAGGACGAGCUGGAUUUUCUGCAAUGGUCGAAGUGAUUAUAUUGGAGGUGAAAGUCCAUGUGAUGAAAAAACAUGGAUCAAAAACAAGAAAAAAUUGUUGAAAAAAGCUAUAUCUGUUAUCUGCAAUGAAAUCCUCCCUAAAGGAUCAUUUGUGGUGCUUUUCAUUCUCAUGUCUGAUGUUGAACAACCCUUUGUUGACACUUUUCAUGAAUUCUAUGCAGAAAUGAGUGGUCAUGAGGACAUAGUCAUGAUCUCGGAGUCAAGGGAGAAUUACAAGAAAUGGUCCAGUCUUGCUCAAGUGUCUUGCUCGCUGGAUGUGCUUAAAGAAAUCAGCAUUGUUGGAAUGCCAAUGAGUCAUGCAGAUGCCAAAAUUCAAAGUAGUCAGCUCACCAGUCUUCCGCUCAAAAGGCGUUUACCCGCAUCAAACAAUGGAGUAUGCUUUUUAAAACCGGUGGAUGAAGAGGACUGUAUGUUCUCCUUAGAAGUAGUCAGUGUUGACCAGUGUGAAGAAACAAAUCUAAAUGUCAUGGAGCAAGAACAAAUGCACAAAAUUGAGCAAUACUUCUAUCAAGGGGGGAAAAUUGCCUGGAUGAAUAUGUGGCUGGCUGAUAAAAAUCUAUGUGACGAAGUCAUCAAACGACAUGCCUAUGAGGAAAUUAACAAAAUGUUAGAAGACCUCGUGCUGAGUAACACAUCAAAACGGUCCAUUGAAAAUAUCAACAUAUAUCAUCAUCCUGGCAGUGGGGGAAGCACUGUGGCUCGACAGAUUCUCUGGAAUUGGAGGAAAAACGUGCGAUGUGCUGUUGUUAAACAAUCAAAGAAAGCCACAACUGUCUGUGAACAUGCUGUAAAGCUUUGGAAUUAUCUGGAGGUUGACAAGAAUGCCUGUUUACCAGUGCUUUUGCUGCUGGAGGAUUGUAAUGCAGACUAUCAAGAUGACCUGAGGCGAGAAUUAAGCACAGCAGUUACAACAAUAAAGAUUGAUCCAUCAACACUAUGUUUUAUCAUUCUCUGUUGUAAGAGGUCUCUUGAUCCAGAAAAGAUGUGUAAAGCUCUGCCUUUACGCACAGUUGCAGUUACACACAAAUUAUCCCCAGAAGAAAAGAAACUCUUCUCAAAGAAAGCAGAGAAUCUCAAGCUGAAGUUUGAACCAGAGUUCAUACUCACUUUUGUACUCAUGAGUAAAGAGUUUGAACAGCCUUACAUCACAGACUGUGUUGGGAACCUGCUGAAGGGAAUUGAUCUUUCAUGUCUUCAGACAAAGUUGAUCUUAUUUGUGGCACUACUAAACAGCCAUAUUGAGAAUUCUUAUCUGUCUAUAUCCCACUGUGAGGCAUUCUUACAUUUAGGAAUCCAGUUGGAUAAAUUGGAUAAAACGUCCAAAUACCCAAAGUCAAAAUGGAUGGAUGAAGUUCGACACCAUACAUUUGAAAAUUCUUUAAAAGAGCAAGCAAGAUUUUUCUUCAUACAGCUAAAAUCUAGUGAGACACACAUCUCCUCUGUCAGGAUAAUUCAUCAUUUGGUAGCUAAGGAGAUUCUGAAGCAGCUCUCUGACCAUCAGCCCCAGAGUGCCAUAGCAUUGAGUCUCCUUCAGGACAAAGCACUGUUCGACAACAGAUUCGGAAAGGAUGACUUUCAGGAAUUUGUCAGAGAUUUGUUUAUUAAGAGGGCCAAAAAAAGCAAGGGAGCUCCAAAUGACAGUUGGUUUUCUCCUUUAAUAGAGCAUGUUUGGGAAGAAGAAGAUCUGGAGAAAGCUAUUGAUCUUUUGAAGGUAGCUUACACACGUUUUGAAGAGGAUGCCUUUGUUGCUCAACAACUUGCACGACUGCUUUAUGAAAACAAAAUAUUUGAGGAAGCACAGACUUGGGCUGAAAUGGCAAAGUCGCAUCUCCCACAAAACACUUACAUACUUGACACAUUGGGACAAGUGUACAAGAAGUGGUUCUAUGACAAACAUGAUGCCAUGGGCAAGAAAGAGCCAAUUAAACCUGAGGACGUUGUUGAAAUUAUUGAUACUGCUCUAAAAGGAAUAGACGCUUUUAGAGCCUCUGAAAAAUGUUCACAGUCACAGGCAGUCUGCUUGAAUAAUUCUUAUUUUGGAGAAGUUGAUAUUGGAUGUCGAUUGCUUGAACUUCUGCCAUACGUAGAUGUUUUUGCUACCAAAAAGGGGAAGUCUGAGUUGAUGGAUUACCUGCUUACUGACUACAUACCGGAGGUAGUACAAAAACCUUGGCAAAAGUUUCAUGGCCUUUUGAAAGGAAUGAAAGACAGCAUUAGAAUUGCCCUGGAAUGCAUUUGUGAGGAUUUAGCUCGCUUUCAGACUUACAGUUCUGAGAAAGUGGAGGAGCUGGAUGAAGGAGAGCCUGAAAAGGUAAAUAAUCCAAGAAAAUGGCUCAUUAGGAAAAGCGAAGUGUAUGCCAAGUUUUUCUGUGGUUCCAUUCAAGAGGAUGAGGAAGUUGAUCAUGACAUAGUUUCCCCUUUCAAGAGACAAAUGAAAAUUUUCCAACUUGGAGGUGGCAAUGUUACAACAAUUCUUUACCUGCUCUAUGACAACAAUAAACAAAGAGCUGGAAAAAACCUUGAGAGAAUAAUCAGCCUUUUCCCAAGUGACCUGAAAAACGACCUUGACCAGACAGAGCUCAUAAACUUCAUCUUCUGUCAGAUAGCUCUCUCUUGCGCUUCACCUGGCUCUGGGAAACUUCUUUCUAUUAAAGAACUUCAAGAUCUCAGCAAAAAGUUGUGCUGUGAAAGGAGAACUGCUGUACCAGAAACUGCAUACUUUCUCCUUUCACUGCUAUUUUGGCCAGAAGAUUCUAUGGAUACAGAUCCAUCAAAUAAAAGAAGUGUCACUGUCACAAAUGCAAUAAAAGCACUUCACAGAUACACACCUGGCUCAAGAAAAGGUCGAAUUUUAACUCACUUUCUCCUUGGAAAAGCACGGGGUCUCAAUAAAAUUGUCCACAAGACCACAAUUGAAAAAUUAAUCAAGGGUACUUUCAGUGAGAGACGCCUUAAGUGGCAAGGUGGUGAAGUAUGGACAAACCCAGAUGUUGUUCGACUGCUUAGACGAGUUACUGGAUACACCGAAAAUGGAAAUCUGUUCAUUUGUGUAUCUAAUCUCAGCAAUAUCAGAGUCAUUCCACUUUUUUCUGCCUCUUUGCCAAGUUCAAAUGAAAAUGUUACCUUCUACCUAGGGUUUUCUUUUCAUGGAGUGGUAGCCUUUGACAUCAAAAUUUCAGAAUGAAUUUGCAAGGAUUGAAAACAGAUAUGAGUUUACCAAAAUGCACCACCAUUGGAAAAUGAAUAUGGCAGAAGUUUCACUAUCUACAUUUCCAUCCAAGGAUUUUUUUGGUAAAAAAAAGUUUAUGCACAUCAAAAUUAAUCUGAAGGAAACACAACUUAUGUGUUGACAUAAUAUUUGUCUGUUUUUCUCUAGCGCAUAAACUUAUGUUGAUACUUCAGAUUUUGCAAAAAACUGGUUUGGAAACGUUUUUUUGUCGAGAAAAUUGACAUUAACGCAAAAAUUUAGUCACAUGACAGAGUUUACACCAAUCGUUAGCCUGUGUUAAUCAUGACGACAAUAUACAUCCUUGAAAGUGAAUUUAUUGUACGUGAUUAUGGAUUGAUCUUAAUGGCAUAUAGAUGCAAACAUGACACUUCCAGGAGUGCUAACACAAAUAUCUUGUAUCAUGCACAUCGACAAGUGC